UAUCUACAGCCGUUAUCUUCAGUUCUUUUCUUCUCCGAGUUGAUUAUAAACCAGCUUUAAUACUGCCUGCUAGUACUUUUAAAUACUCAAACAAUUGUUUACAAUUCUGAUCGGAAUUUUGUCUAUUAAAAAUUAAUAUUAUAAUUAAUUGUAAAUAAUAUUUUAUAAUGGUAGAUAACAAUGUAAUUCUUCUAGUGGAUCCUUUCUAUGCUGCAUGCAUACAUUUGCGGAAACAUAAUUAUGAUAAAUGUAUUGAAUGUUGCACGGGUAUUUUAUUGAAAAAUCCAUACGAUCAGGCUACUUGGGCUCUAAAAAUGCGUGCAUUAACUGAACAAUUAUCUAUCGAUGACAUUGAAGCUGAAGAAGAAGGUAUUGCUGAUUCUUAUUUUAACUCUGAUGCAAUAGCUGAAAAUGCUAGAAUAGGUACAUCACUGAGGUCAACUCCUAAUUCUUGUAACCAAAGACCUCGGACAAUUGAUGGAAGACCUUUAAGUGGUAUUGUUCGUCCUUCAACUUCAUCAGCUGGUGGAAAUAAUUUACAAAAAGCUUUAAAAACUCCCCGCACUGUUGGUUCCUCAAGACCAUUAACUUCACAAUUGGCCAGAAAUAUACGUCUAGGUACUGCAUCAAUGGUUUCUCAAAUGGAUGGGCCUUUUAUUAAUAUAUCUCGUUUAAAUUUUUCAAAAUAUGCAUCUGAUAAACAACUUUCCAAGUUAUUAUUCAACUACAUUUAUUAUCAGCAAAAUGAUAUUAGAAAUGCUUUAGAUUUUGCUGUGGAAGCAACUAAAUGUUGCUUUUUUGAGGAUCCUUGGUGGAAAGUACAGUUGGGCAAAUGUUAUGUGAUGUUAGGUUUACUACGAGAUGGGGAAUCACAAUUUAGAUCUGCUUUACAACAUGGACCUAAUAUUGAAGUGUUUCUACGCCUUUCACGAUUAUUUGUACGCCUCGAUCAGCCAUUAAGUUCAUUAGACAUAUGUCAGCAAGCAUUAUCUUGGUUUCCAAACGAGGUUACAUUACUUAUAGAAAUGGCUCGAAUAUUUGAAGGCUUGAAUAAUAUAUCAAUGUCUGUGAAGUAUUAUAGAGAUAUACUUGAAUUGGAUGCAACCGAUAUGGAAUCUAUUGCGUGUAUAGGGUUACAUCAUUUUUAUUCUGAUCAACCUGAAGUAGCUUUAAGAUAUUAUAGGAGAUUGCUACAAUUGGGUUUAUAUAAUGCUGAACUAUUUAAUAACUUAGGACUAUGCUCAUUUUACGCUCAACAAUUCGAUGUUGUCACAGCAUGUUUUGAAAAUGCAUUACGAUUAGCAUUAGAUUAUAAUGCAGCAGAAAUUUGGUAUAAUAUUAGCCACAUAGCAAUUGGUUUUGGAGAUUUGGAUAUAGCUGAACACAGUUUGCACUUAACAUUAUCUUUAAAUAGUUCUCAUGGUGCAGCUCUUAAUAAUUUAGCUGUAUUACAGUGGCGUAAAAACGAUGUAGCUAGAGCAGAAUCCUUGUUGAACUCUGCCAUAGCUGCUGAAGAUCAUCUUUAUGAACCGCACUAUAAUAAAGCUUUACUAGCGCAAGAGGAAGGUGAUCACCAAACAAGUUAUGUUAUGUUAAAGAAGUCACUGGAAAUAUAUCCCAAUCAUUACAAUUCUAGAGAUAUUUUAAAUAAAUUAAAAAAAUAUUUUUCUAGUCUUUAAAAAUGAUUAAUUUGUCUAUAAUUUAUUAAUUAAUUAUUUAGCUUUAUGCUUCAUCUCUUGGUCAUAUCUUUAACAUUUAAUUAAGGUAAAA